AUGUUGGAGUUAGAUGUGUUAAGCCUUCAACACAAAAAUAUGAUAUCGGUGUCGGAAUAUUUCGUAGAAAAUGAUAAAUUUCAUAUCAUAUUUGAACAUCUAGAAGGAAGGAGCUUGAGGGAGAGGAUGAAUUCGUAAUAUAAGAUGAAAAAAGAGGAAAUUAUAGUAGUUUUAAAAUAACUUCUCAGUCUUCUAAUCACAUUGCAUAAUAAGGGAUAUAUCUGUAGGGAGUUGAAUCAGGAUAACAUUUUUAUACAGAAGGACGGUCGAAUCAUUUUGACAGAAUUUGGAUAUACUACAAAAUUAGGAGAAAUAAUGAGGACUAAAAGGGGAACAAAAGAUAUCGAUAACAUCAAUGAUUUGACAUUUCAAAAUAACUUAGAUUUGCAUCCAAAUAAUGAGGAAUUCGAUAGAUAAUUUUGGUUUGCUUAAGACAUCUAUUCUCUUGGGGAAUUGUUGCAUGAAAUGUUAACAGGUAAAAGUCUCCAAAAAACGAUCUUUGAUAAAUAUAGUGGAUUUCAGUCCAGUCAAAAUACGAUCUCAACUUUGAGAAAGAGAGUCGGACUUAGGAAGCUAUUGGAUAGGAUGCUAGAACCUGAUCCUCGAAUUAGGAUAUCGGCAGAAUAGGCUCUUUACUUUAUAAAGGAUAUGGAAUUCGGAGAUGAUUCGUUUGUUGACUUUUCUGAUUAAGAUGAAAGGAAUAAUUAUUAGGAAGUUUAUUAAUUUAUUUCAAAAGUAUGUCUUUAGAAUCUCUGA